AUGUGAAUGAGUAGAAAAUUUGGGGAGCGGGUCAAGCACUCAGUCGUCGCUCCAUUUGGCAGUCCAGUCGUCGCUCUGCUUGGAAAAAAACUAUAGAAACAGAAAAAGAUGGUGCGUUCCUUCUUUGACCCGAACAACUCUGUCUCUCCGCCUCUUCUUCUUCUGCGAAGAUGAUAUUUAUUUCCCAGUUAACCACUCACUUCUCAAUCAAUUGAACCCUAAAAAAAUCCCAACUGUACAUCCUUACACACAUUUAUUGCUGGCUUUGAAUAAUUCAAACAUAGACUUUGCUUUCUCUCUUCAACUCCUUCGUUGAUUUAUGGGUUAUCAUGAUCAUGAACUUUUUCAUUUUCUGUGGAAAACACUGAUGUUUUGUUGUUGAUUCAACAACUCUUUUUUUUUGGGUUAUGUGAGUUUGAUUUAGGGUUUGUCAUAUCUCAGGUUCUUGAAUCACGGCUGCUAAGAAUUAGCGAGUUAGUAAUUAAAGCUCUAAUAUGCAGUGAACAGAAAUUUAAGUGGAUUGUCAUCCAUAGUUCCAUGUGAGCAUAUGAUGGUUUUCUUCAGGAACAUGGCAGUCAAUGGCAUACCUCUCACUGUUCGUAUCAGUGCUUUUAUCUGGUUGCUGAGCUUUAGCUAUGGUCUUGAGAGUGAUAUAUAUUGCUUGGAAUCUCUAAAAAAAUCAUUGGAAGACCCAUUUAGUUACUUAAGUUCUUCAUGGAUUUUCACUAAUAAAACUGAAGGCUUCAUCUGUAAAUUUACCGGGAUUGAUUGCUGGCAUCCCGACGAGAGCAAGGUCUUGAAUAUCCGGCUUUCAGAUAUGGGACUCAAGGGCAAGUUUCCACUUGGUCUUCGAAAUUGUACGGCCUUGACUGGCCUAGAUCUUUCAAGCAACAAGCUUUCUGGAACUAUUCCACCUGAUAUCUCACAAAUAAUCAGUUAUGUGACAUCCCUUGAUCUCUCAUCCAACGAUUUUUCAGGAGAAAUUCCUCAGAGCCUCUCAAAUUGUUCUUAUCUGAAUAUCCUUAAACUUGAUAACAACCAAUUGACGGGUCAGAUUCCUCCACAGCUUGGCCUCCUAAGUCGGUUGAAGACUUUUAGUGUAACAAACAAUCAUUUGACUGGGCAGGUUCCAAACAUUAUCAGUGCUACAGCAGCGGACUACUCGAAUAAUACAGGCCUCUGCGGUAAGCCGUUACCACUUUGCCCGGCUCCUUCGAAGAGUGCCCACCCUGGAGUCAUUGUCGGAGCAGCCAUUGGUGGGGUGUCUAUCGCAGCACUAGGUGUGGGUAUUGGUAUGAUCUUCUUUUUGCGUAGGGUGUCUAAAAAGAAGAAGGAAGAUGAUCCUCUUGGAAAUAAAUGGGCAAAGAGUAUUAAGGGUGCUAAAGGCAUCAAGCUUUCCACAUUUGAGAAGUCGGUUUCAAAAAUGAGAUUAAGUGAUCUCAUGAAGGCUACAAACAACUUCAGCAAAGACUACAUCAUUGGGUCAGGAAGAACAGGAAGCAUGUACAGGGCAGCACUUGACGAUGGCACUUCACUUAUGGUGAAGAGGUUGCAAGAUACUCAACACUCUGAGAAAGAAUUUGUGUCUGAAAUGGCUACUUUGGGGAAUGUGAAGCAUCGUAACCUGGUUCCCCUUUUAGGUUUUUGCAUGACUAAGAAGGAGAGACUUUUGGUUUAUAAGUACAUGCCAAACGGUACCCUUCAUGAUCGACUACAUGUUGUGAAUGAAGGUGACAAAACUAUGGAGUGGCCUUUGAGGCUCAAAAUUGGGAUAGGUGCAGCCAAAGGGUUUGCUUGGCUCCAUCAUAAUUGUAAUCCUCGUAUAAUUCAUCGAAACAUAAGUUCCAAAUGCAUCUUAUUGGAUGCGGAUUUUGAGCCCAAGAUAUCUGAUUUUGGACUUGCUAGACUCAUGAAUCCAGUUGACACUCAUUUGAGUACUUUUGUGAAUGGGGAGUUUGGGGAUUUGGGUUAUGUGGCUCCCGAGUACGCACGAACUCUUGUGGCCACUCCAAAAGGGGAUGUGUACAGCUUUGGAGUUGUGCUUCUUGAAUUGGUGACUGGUGAGAGACCGACCUAUGUGGCCAAAGCCCCGGAUAGUUUUAAGGGAAAUUUGGUGGAAUGGAUUACACAGCUUUCAAGCAACUCUAAGCUUCACGAUGCCAUUGACGAAUCUUUGGCUGGGAAGGGUUAUGAUGGUGAGCUUUUCCAAUUUCUUAAAGUUGCAUAUAACUGUGUAAUUCCAGCUCACAAGGAGAGGCCUACCAUGUUUGAAGUCUAUCAGCUUCUCAGAGCUAUCGGGGAACGAUACAAUUUUACAACGGCUGAUGAUAUUUUGAUGCCAUCUGACACUGGUGAUGCUGAUUUCAUUGAAGAGCUUAUUGUUGCUCGAGAAGGAAAAGAGAAUCAUUAAGAUGUUAUAUGGUAAGUGAGAUAUAAUGGUGAAUGACACUACAAAUUAUAUGUAAUUAUCUGUUGUUGUUGGUGUUUAAAAUAAAUGCUUAUAUCUUACAUAGCUUGCAUGUUUCGUAAAUUGAUUUUGACUGUUCAAUAUCUGAACGUUGCUAUAGUAACCAUCACUCAAUGAUCGCAGAUGAUUUGUUUAUAACCUUCUGACAGUUAAAGUUUCUUUGUUACACAUUUUCUUUCUA